UGCAAAAGACUUCACACACAUUUCUGCACAGAGGCUGAAGCAGAAAUUGCGCAGAGAGCUUUCUGUUUUCCACAAAGCUAGGAGAAGAUUGUUGCAAAGCUUUGUCCAUGUCUACACCAACAUUUCCAUCAAUGAUGUCCUCUUAAUGGAGGGCUGGCUGACAUUAUCCAAGACAAGGCCCAGUAUCCAGGGUUCUUCUCUUCCAACCCUUCUUUUCUCAAGUUUCACAAUGGCUUCCUUGCUGCUUCAGCACAUCCUGCUCUUUUGUGGAUGCAGGCUCUUUUCUCUGAAGGAGGAGCCCAAUUCACUUCCAGGUGCCCACAAACAGCGAGUAUGGUAGAAACUGGUUGACAUAUGCCUAUCUUCUACCUUUUCUUCCAGCUUGCCAUUACCUUCCCUACCUUGAUGGAAUACAUCCCUGGACCUCACCACCGCAUAAUCCCUGGCAUCAUCAGGAGCAAAGAGUUUGUCUUAGAAGAAGCCAAGGAGCACCGGGCCACGCUGGACCCCAGCUCCCCUCGGGAUUUCAUUGACUGCUUCUAUAUCAGAAUGGACCAGGAAAAACACAACAAUGUGUCUGCGUUCGACAUGGAGAACCUGGCCUUCUGCUCGCUAGACUUGUUUAAUGCAGGAACAGAAACAACCAGCACAACUCUAAGAUACGGACUCUUGAUCCUCCAGAAAUACCCAGAAAUAGAAGGUAAGACAGGUACAGAUGCCCAGGCCAGCUGCUUAAAUCCCUGCUAUGGAGCUGUGUCAGUUAAAAUGGCACAAAACCCACGGAAAGACAAGCUAUCAUUGUCCAUGGGGUCUGGUGGCAGCAAGGAAGCAAAUUAAAUGGGGAAACCUAGUACUAAUGGCCAAAAAGAGGACAAAAAAAUCAUACACCGAAAUGGCUGCCCAAAAGCAACACAUCAGAGAGUAUUCAAGACACUCAGGCGCCAGUCGCUCAAAUGCAGACAUCUAUGAGUUCUCUUUCAAACAGUAUUGAUAGACUUACAUGUUGCCCCCGAAAGAUACCUUGGACUGAAGUGUCUGGGUACAUAAA